UCGUUUGAUCUGUGAUCCGCUUGCGUCUGACAUUUGCUGUUCUCCCUGUUGCUGUCUGGCUGUUAAGAAAAAGUGGGUGUCUGAUGCACGUGUUCGUGCUAAGAAAUGGAUACUGAAACUGAAACCUUAAUGAAUGGCCAGCGUUUGAAACCCAAUCAAGGUUUGCCCUCGAAUAGUGCUGAUGGUGCUAUAAUUUAUGAUUCGUCGCAUUUUCAGCUACGAAGUCGAGAUCGACAUGUCAGUUAUGGAAGCAUCAAUGGAGCAGUUCCUCUACCGGAAAAUAAUCGAGAACCAGAAAUGCCUGGAAGGCAAAGUGUUACGUUUAGAAGACUUCCACCAGAAAUGCUAACCACACUUUCAUCGCAGUUUGAAAGCUUAGAUUAUGAACCAUGGGAAAGUAGAGUAUUUAAAGAAGAAUACUCCAAAAAAACUCCAUCUUCCCUAACAAAGCAAGGGGUCACUCGAUGGAUUGUUGUAUUUUUUAUUGGAGUUUGUACUGCACUAAUUGCCUGCGCAAUUGACAUAUGUGUAGUUGAAAUCACAAAACUCAAAUAUGGAUUUUUGAAGAAAUAUAUUGAUAAGUGUGUUACUGAAAAUUGUCUGUACAUUCCAUACCUACAAUGGUUGGGUAUUAGUUGUGGUUUUGCUUUAAUUGCGUCAUUGUUGGUCACAUAUGGCGAACCAGUGGCUGCAGGCAGUGGCAUUCCGUUAGUUAAAUGUUAUUUAAAUGGUAUUAAUGUACAUCGUUUACAUCGGCUGAAAACUCUGUUCGUCAAAGCAGCCGGUGUAACAUGUUCUGUGUUAGGUGGUUUAGCCGUAGGAAAGGAAGGUCCUAUGGUUCAUUCUGGUGCGGCUGUAGCUGCUGGAUUAUCGCAAGGAAAAACUACCUCUUUAGGUUUCGAUUUUGGAAUUUUAAAAGAGUUUCGCUGUGAUCAAGAAAAGCGCGAUUUUGUAACCGGGGGUGCGGCAGCUGGUGUUGCUGCUGCUUUCGGGGCACCAGUUGGGGGUGUAUUAUUUAGUCUUGAAGAGGGUUCAAGUUUUUGGAACCAAAAUAUGACUUGGAGAAUAUUUUUUUGUUCAAUGGUAUCUGCAUUCACGUUGAAUGUUGUUCUCAGCGCAUAUCAUGGCCAAAUAGGUCAGUUAGCUUAUGACGGAUUGCUCAACUUCGGAAAGUUCCCAGACAUUCCUUUUACUUUGUUGGAAUUACCCAUUUUUAUAGGAAUGGGCAUCAUUGGAGGACUCAUUGGGGCACUUUUCAAUCAGAUGAAUUAUCAUAUAAGUGUUUUUCGCCGACGAUUUAUAUUUAGCCGUUGGGCGAAAGUCUUGGAAGUAAUUGUUGUUUGCUGUGUCACCGUCACCGCUGGCUUCGUAAUGAUUUAUUGUGUAAAUGAUUGCAAACCACUUGGUGCAAAAGACGAUAUCGAUUUCCCAAUCCAGAUGUUUUGCGAAGACGGCCAAUUCAAUGCAGUAGCUGCGAUGUGGUUCCAAACGCCUGAAGCUAGCGUGCGUGCCCUGUUUCACGACCAACCAGGCACACACAAUCCGUUGUCGGUAGGAUUAUUUUUUAUAACUUAUGUUUUCCUUGCGUGCUGGACGUACGGACUCAGCAUUUCAAGCGGGAUCUUUAUUCCGGCCCUCCUCUCCGGUGCAGCUUGGGGCCGCCUGGUCGGCCUUGGUCUCUAUCGAUUAACCGAAGGAGCUGCAUGGGCAGAUCCCGGAAAAUAUGCUUUAAUCGGUGCAGCUUCACAGCUGGGCGGAAUAGCCAGAGUUACACUCUCAUUGGCUGUGAUUCUAAUCGAAACAACAGGAAAUCUCUCACUCGGAUUAGGUCUCAUGCUUACUUUAUUAACAGCUAAGCUUGUAGGAGAUUGCUUUAACGCGGGAAUAUACGACAUGAAUGUGCAAUUAGCUGGACUGCCAAUGUUGCCAUGGUCAUCGCCUCCUCUCUGCCACGGCACACAGGCUCGCGAUAUCAUGAGCAAGCCUGUUGUUGUUCUCAAGGAAGUCGAGCGUGUGUCUACUAUCCUGAGCGUGUUGGAAGAAACCCGCCAUCAAGGAUUCCCAGUGAUAUUCGAAGAUCGGUUUGCUGGUCCGCAGGGCAAGCAGACCAGCUUCGGGAUGUUGCGCGGAUUGAUCCUAAGGAGCCAACUGAAAAUCCUGCUUAAAGAAAAAGCAUUCUGUUCUUCGCCAACAGGAAGCGCAUCUCAGCCUCCAGUGUCUCUUGAGACAUUCCGUAUGUAUUAUCCACGCUACCCUACGUUCCAGGGUAUGCAUUUCACUGAGGAGGAACGAUCUUCAUAUUUGGAUUUACGUCCCUACUUGAAUCCGACGCCUUACACAGUCCCUUUGCACGCGUCACUGCCUCGCACUUUUCAGCUCUUCCGAGCUCUUGGACUUCGGCACUUGAUCGUUACCGAUGAUAAUAAUGAGGUUGUUGGCAUGAUAACGCGUAAGACUUUGGCCCGUUAUCGAGCUCGAAUCUGCUGUGGAACAAUUGACUUUGUCGAGCUUCCGUUAGGCGGUCAUGGCGUUCAACUGUGAUCGUGAUAUUAAUUUUCUUUUGGCCCUAAUAGGACCUUGAUCCCAACGCUUCGUUUCAACGAUAACACACACAAUUCGGUUGAUUACGUAAUAGUUUAGUCCACUCCCCUCCCCUCCCCGUUCUCCAGCUAUCCCCCUGUAUUGGAAAAUACCCUCUAGUCCUUUUAAAAACAAACGUAUCAUUCCGAUCGUAAAGCUAAAAUGUGAUUUCACCUCGAGCUUCUUCCUUUUUCGUUGAAAGUCGAGGGAGCACGGUCUGUUGUGUUUUUGUUUGUUUUUUAUCGUCUUGUUUUCGUUAUUUUUCAGUUGUCUCCUUUCGCAAUCUUACAUUUUAGGUGGUAGCAGUAGCUUAUAGUUUUAUCUCAGGUUGCUUUUUGUUCAGAAUAUUGGCCUUGAAUCAAGAAUGGUUCUUUCCCCAAUCCCACCGAUGUCUUUCCGCCAACGUCUAUUCCGAGUAUUCUUCGCGUUUGACGGACAAAAAAUAGCCUUGCAGAGUUGCCCCAUGAUGGAUUGCUAACGAUUUACUAUUUUAUAAGCCAACUAGAUGUUAGCGUUCAUAAAUAAUAUACGCGAUGUUGCGUAGAGACCUUGAA